AUGAGUAUUCAACGCCAGUUUCCCGAUGUGCACUGGGUCUGGAGAGGAGGCAUCUCUUUCGUCUAUGAGGUCCAUCCUCGCAUCGUGGUCAAGGUCCCAAAAUCGGGUGAAUUCGAGCGGGAGCAAUUCCGGAGAGAAGUCGAGAUUUACGACAUCUUCUCGAGACAUGCGCCCUGUCCUUCCAUAGUGCAAUGUUUCCUCUAUACAGAUAACGGCAUUUUCCUCGAGUACAUGCGAGGUGGGGGCCCCAUUGGCAUGUUGACUGGAGUCCGAGACCAGGAAACUACAAUUGUCACUAAAGUUGAAAAGCUGGAACCUCUGCCCCUACGAAAGACAUGGAUGAACGACCUUGCUCAAGCCGUCGCUUUCCUCGAAUCGCUCAAUCUCGCCCAUGGUGACCUACGACCCGAAAACAUCCUGCUUGAUCGCAAUCGAUUGAAGUUAUCUGACUUUGAUUGUACGGCGAAAGUUGGGACAGACUUUGAAGCUUGCAUGGCCCCGUACGGAAGAGUACUUAAUAGCAACGAGCCGGAUCAAGGACGACGUGGAACAGCCGGCUUCCUGGGUCCUCGAACAGAGCAAUUCGCCCUUGGUUCCUUGUACUACUUGAUAAACUAUGGCUUUGAAGUUUAUGGAGAUCGUUGUCUUACUGAGGAUCCCAAGGAGCAUGGACCCAAGGUUGUGAACUUAUUGCAGAACAUGAAGUUUCCCGAGCUGGAUGGUGACCCUCUAAUUGACGAUAUUAUUGUUAAAUGUUGGCACAACGAGUAUGCCACGAUUGCAGAGUUGGCCGCAUACACAAGGAAGCUAGUCUCUGAAAGAUGCAUCGAAAAGGAGAGCGACUCUGAAAAAAUCUCCAUUCCUCGAUGGCGUACGAUCAUGGGUCGUGCCAUUCGUUGGUUAUGGAACAGUGUGAGAUACUGGUGUGAAUUAGUGCUCUGGCGCAAGGGCGCGAAAACCAACCCUGAAGUAGUCAAUAGCGGAGAACUAAAUGGUCACAUCCGUGACAUGGAUCAAAACCACCUGGCAGAAGAGUUCCCUUCGGAAAGAGCAUACUGCCAGGACCUGGAGAAGCGUGGACUUUUGGAUUUGCUUUCAUCAGGAGAGCCCGAGAAACUUGGUUUCACUCUUAAGUGGUACAGGCAUAGUUGUUCUGGGUAA